AUGCACAGAUCCUUGAUCCAACAUGGACUGAAGCAAAGCUUUUGCACCGUUGCCGCUCCCCGCGGUCGCUCCCUUUGCUCCUCAACCACCCGGCUCAGCCAUUCUACCCGGCAACUCAAUGGAGGUGCAGGCUACUCGAACCAGAGAAGAGGGCCUGAGAAACCCGAAGAGCUCUCCUUGACGAACCUGAAAUUGCUUGAGAGUGCAAAGUUUCAAGGAUUUCCCCAUCUCGAGCACGCCGGGGGACGGCAGAAGGAGAAGGAUGAUGAUCAUGGCGUCGUCUGCAGUCGAAGCUCAUCAGCGGGUACGGCAUCGGAGGCCGAUUUUUGCCAGAGAAUAGAAAAUGCUGGAGUGCAGCAAAAUGCACAUCACAAGUCAGACAAGCCUUUAGAUCGAGGGAACAACCCUACGAGCUCGUCGGAAUAUUCGAACGAAGAAGAGCCCGGCGAUCGAAUCGAGCUUGUGCCCAGCGUAUCCCCCGGACCCCGAGCAGCCUCGAAUUUUCUCGGAGGCAAUACCUUGAGAACGCAGAAUGGUCAAGAGAAGACAGCAGUCACCGAAAGACCGUAUAUGAGGAGGCUCCGCAAACCAAAGCGCUUUCGAGAACUCUUAUUAGAGGCGAGAAGAUCGGGCGCGGACAGCACAACAAGCGUCGACUUGAACAGCGGCAAGCCCAAGAAGACAGUGAUCAGAAGCGGCUUAACAACAGCAGUCCUCGAAGCAGAACUGCGGUGGAUUGCGAGAAACACACCCCACCCGCGAGCCGUGCGCAACAUAUUGAGAGUCUUGCUUGAGGAGCGGAAAAUCAAGCCGACGCUGGAUCACUACGAAGCGCUUAUCCUGGGACAGUGUUUCCCGGAGUAUGGCUCCAUUGAGAACGUCAAGCUGGUUCUGCAAGAAAUGGAGAGAGAAAGUGUCCCGCUAGAAGUUCCCAUUCUCCUCGCAGCGUUGACAGUUCUCGCCGUACACCCCGACACAUAUCUCCGCGCAUCCCUCGUUUCACGCCUCGCUAAACAACAACUCCCCAUCCCUGACACCCACGCUCACCUAAACAUCCUCUCCUUAAUACGGGAGGGAGAAUUAGAACUCGCAACUGUCGAACUCGAAAAGCUUACUCAGAAAUCAUCGUUCGUGGGGGGAGGAAGGGACAGCACGUCCGUCCCGAAAUGGCUGUGGACUAUCUACAUCCACGCGAUCUGCGAUCUGCGGCAUGACUUCGACGCUCUUCUACAGCUUCUGUACAGGCUCUCUGACUCGGGUUUCCUCUUCCCGAGGCCGACGUUACUACACUUGCUCCUCAAAGCGAGUGAACACGGCGACCCGCACAUUACGAAAUUUAUCUGGUAUGGAUAUGUGACGGGAAUGCAUAUCAUUCCUAACGAAGACAUGUGCAUGUCGGUCUUGCGACUCGCCGCUCGGGAGAAAGAUGUGAAGCUGGCCGAAUCGGUUGCCGUGGUGCUGGAGAGUGUAGCGGGGAACAAGUCUACAGAUCCGCCGAGCUUGGUCGAUCAAAGACCCAUGUCGCGGCAGGAGGUGGCCAACUUGACGUUCGAUUCGCCUGAGCUUCUUGGACAUGAGCCGGAGGCUGAACAUCAUCGUCAGUAUUCAACUUGUGUUGGUAAGGACAGUGACAGUGACGGCGACGGCGACAGCGAUAUCCAAGUCUCCAUGAGCAUUGCCGACCCAACAUCAGGUUUUUCCGAACCUGCACAACCUCCUCUCCGACAGACUCAUACUGACCUGGCAAUCGCUUUCUCAACACCACCUGCCCUGCCCAAACCCUCCGACCUACCUCCCCGACCACGCCCUCUCCCUGCCGAAGCACUGUCCCUUCUUGCUGAGCUGGGAAUUACCGGUUUCGAGCCCACCACAGACGCCGACACCAGCAGCAAACGUUUCCGCUUCCGCAGUGGCAAACUCGUGGAAUCCGGCGGGCGAACCGGCCGGAGGAGAAGGAGGCCAGUCAGUGGUAUCUUGUACCCGUUGUUUAGGGAGGAGGCUGGGCUUUCUGGCGCGAGAUUUGAUCCGCGGCUGGCAUUGAUGCAAGGAUGGGACUGGAGAAAGAAAUAA